GUAAAGUGAAAUUAAUACUUGGCAACAUUGGAUUCGAUUUCAUUUCAAUGGUGUGAUUUGCAUUGCAGCAAAAUAAUUUUUAAUACCUAUAAUUCUCUAAUUCUAUCUUUGCUUUAGAAUUAGUGCCAUAAUUGACUAAUUCUUGAAUCAUUUAAACCAAGUGUUACAUUAAACCAGCAUCAUGGGCAAUGAAAACUCUAUUCCUAUGGAGCUGUGUUCCAACUCACGUGUAAACUGCAUUGAUUUUAAGGUGGAGAACUUCGACGCGGACGAGAUCCGGCGGCUCGGCAAGCGCUUCCGCAAGCUGGACCUGGACAACUCGGGCGCGCUGUCCAUCGACGAGUUCAUGUCGCUGCCCGAGCUGCAGCAGAACCCGCUCGUGCAGCGCGUCAUCGACAUCUUCGACGCGGACGGCAACGGCGAGGUGGACUUCAAGGAGUUCAUCCAGGGCGUGUCGCAGUUCAGCGUGAAGGGCGACAAGCUGUCCAAGCUGCGCUUCGCCUUCCGCAUCUACGAUAUGGACAACGACGGCUUCAUCUCCAACGGCGAGCUGUUCCAGGUACUUAAAAUGAUGGUAGGCAACAACCUGAAGGACACGCAGCUGCAACAGAUCGUGGACAAAACCAUCCUGUUCGCGGACAAGGACGAGGACGGGAAAAUCUCCUUCGAAGAGUUCUGCAACGUGGUGGGCAACACCGACAUACACAAGAAGAUGGUGGUCGACGUGUAGGCAACCCUACACGUGCUCGCUACUUCUCGAGAAUUCUGUCGUGUUUUACUACUUCCAGCGAAAUUUCAGGGUUCUCACGUCGCUCAUGCCAUUCUGCAUUACCCCCCUCCCCGCAAACCAUAUGAUCGCUCGAUGGUUUAAAUAAAAUAACCGAAAUAAAAUAAAUAUAGGCUUUAUUGAACGAUACACAUAACAAAAAUAAAUAUAAUCAAUUUACUUAUGUGUAAUCUGUCGAUAAGUUAUCAAUAUUGUUAUUUGUCACAAAAAACAUACAAUUAGUGACAAAUAACAACGUUGCUAAUGGUCGAAAUUAAUAAAUCUAUCUAUCUGUAAAAUCUGCCAAUAACUUAGAAAUAUUGUUAUUUGUCAAGAAAGACAAUACAAUUUUUGACAAAUAACAAUGUUGCUAAGUAUCUUAUCGAACGGAUGAGACUGAUUAAUAAUAAUUUUGGCAAUUCAUAACUUAUCGACAGAUUGAUUUAUUAAAAUUAUAUAUUAGUAAUUUCGGUCAUUAGACUGUACAUACCUUUCAAUUCCCCUUACACUGAUGUUUGUUGACGCUGUCAGUGCAUUUGCAGUUUGAAAUGCUAUCAGCACAAAUCGCUAUACGAGUAAAUACCUGCAAUAUUCGUAUUCCGCGGGCGAUCGUUUGUUUGCGGGGAGUAUAAUGAUAACCGCCUGAGUCAGUAGUGACACUUCUCAAAUAGUUUCAGUGUUAAAAGUAGUAGUAGCGAUAUCAUCGUGGUCCGUUUCUCGAGAACUAGAUGAAAGUUAGUCUUGUCCUCUCGCUCUAGCUAGAACACUAUUCGAAUUGCGCGCGGGCUGCCUUCCAAGUGUCCUCUUUACGUCGAAAGGAAAACGCUAUAGAAACGUUUGUCUUGGAAUUAGUAUAUUAAAACCUGAUUUUCCACAAGGUACAGUGAAAGUCAGAGAACAUAAUUAUAAAAAUGCUGCCCCAUCGAUCGCUACAACUGACUGCGGCCGAUGUCCGUAGCGUACUCUGGCAGUUCGGAUUGUACCUGAGAUUUUAAACGAGACGUUUAGGUCUCUGACAUAAAUCUAAAACAGAGUUAUAUAAAAGGAGACUCUUGACAGACAGAGCUGUCUCGUAUCUUCUUAAGGGGCAAGCGACGGGCCUGCCCGCGAAAUUCAAAUUUUACUUGGUUUAUCGCAAUUUGUAAACUAAUACGACAACGUAGGCUUAUGGCAUUUUAAUUGCGGCAAUGGCAGUGUCAUC